AUAUGUCAAAAAGUCUCGCGCGCCAUUGUUGUUCGCGCAAGACGUUUUGUUAGGCUAAUCUUCGUUAAUUACAUCAUAAACUUGUGUAUUAUUUUUUUAAAUAAUCGCUAAAAUAUUAUUACAUAUCACAUAACAUCUUACUGCAAUGGGACUACCGGGAAUGCCGGAAGACAAACUGCCAUCAUGUUGGACGGACGAUGUUCGAAUGAACGCAUUAUUUGCACCAUUUCGAAUAAAGGCUGCUAAUCCAGAAUCAUGGGAUAUGAAGAUGAAAUUUUGGUCUGAUAUGCUUAGACAGUGGUGUAAAUAUAAGAAGGAUCCAAUAGUGUCUGCUGCGGAUUUCAAAUUUGCGUUUCAGCGUAAAGGAAGAACACCAGCAUGCAUAGAUAUUGUCGUCGAAGAAUUGUUUCGUAAUGGAGAUCUAAGCCCUGUCUCGAAGUAUCAGCAAAUUCUCCACAAUGGUCCAGAAGGUUGGGUCCGCUGGGGUGCUAGAUUGGCUUUCAGGCCUGCUGCAUUUGCACUCACUGCUGUCUCAUCAUUACUCCCUGGUAGACAAACCCUGGAUACUGAUGGACUACCCAAAGCUAGCAUUGACUGUACACAGAGAUUUGUGUUGGAGAGUGCGGUAAAGGAUCAAGCUAUGGAGUUAUUACUUAAUUAUCCAAAAGAUAUUGAGCGCAUUGGUACUGUAGAUGAACUGAUGCGUCACUGCGACUGGCAGCACGGCAGAGAGACCUAUGAACUGCUGCUGGGAUUUUUGGUGGCGCAGGGGUAUGCGGUGAAGAAAGAUGACGUUGUGAAACUAGCCGAUCCUGACAAGAAAGUGUCACCAGUGACAGAGACGGAUGAGGCUCUGGUGAAGUUGAUGUCGGCGGAAGGUCGUCUGGAAGCAGAAUUAUCCAAAUUGCUAAGGGACGCAGCAGCCGCUGAAAACGACGCACGAGCAGCCCUACAGCUCGGAAACAAACUAGCUGCAAAGAAUCAUCUUCGUAAGAAGUUGAAGGCUCAACAGCGCGCGUCACGUUGCGAGACAACAUUAGACAACGUGAGACAACUGAUGCACCACGCGCGAGACUCACACGUUAACGCAACCAUUGUGGACACAUACAAAACCACUUCUCAGGCUAUGAAGAGAAACAUGAAAGAAAACAAUAUGGACGAAGACGCUGUACACGACACAAUGGAUGAACUUAAAGAAGUGAUGGAUUCUUAUAGCGAAAUUGCAGAAGCACUUAGCUCUGGACCCGUAGACUACGAUACUGCUGAUUUGGAGCAGGAACUUAAGGAAUUACUGUCCACAUCUACUGUUAAAACUCAAGAUACAAAGCUCACGCCAAAGGAGAAAUCUAGGAAAGUAUCCGAACGUGAUUUCGUAUUCGACGGCGAAGCCAGAGUCUUGGCCGAACUCGAUCAGCUGGACGUUGAAAGCGGGAGCCCUAAGGAGAUGGAAGGGAGACGUGCGAGCGAGAAGGAACAAGUUGCUCUGCCCGAAGGUGUUGUCAGCGAUUUGCCAAAAGAGAAGCGUUCCCCAAAGAAGUCUAGCCAACCAUGGUAUCCUCCAAUGUCGAACGUACUUCGGCCAGACGAAGCUUGGGGCAACAAUAACCUUGACUCCCUUGAUAGCUCGUUGGACAGAUUAGCGAGCAGUUUUGGAGAACUCCGGACUGAUGAUAGAUUACAUCCAGGCCAACCUCUCAACGUGGACUUCACUACUCCACCUAAGUUUUACAACACCGAGUUCCAAGUGCGCGACCACAAGUACACGGGCGGUGUUUGGUUGUAUAGCGACCGGGAUUCGAAUCCCAAUACCGCCAGAGACGCUAACAGUAAUGUACACACCGAUUUGACCGCCAGCACUGAGUAUUUCAGCUCUGAGAGUCCAGGCAAAACUGGUGGCACGUUCCAAAUGGCACCGGGUGGUGAACGACAGAAACGUAAUGAGUGGCCGCAGGAGAAAUCAGUGGAAGACAUAGAGAGGCGAUUGAAGAAUCUCAGGGGUUUCAAUUUAUAAUGGCAGUGGUUGUGGUGAACGCUCUAGUGUUGCCAACUGUGAAUAAAUGUGAUAAACAAGUGUUAAGUGAUUUUUAGUGCAUAAUUGUGUAUCAAAGAUAGCUAGUGUCGUUUGGUAGCUUUUGUAUUGUGGAACUUGAUAUUAAUGGUUUGUUAAUGCAAAGGGAUCUACCCCAUACAACCAUAUCUGAAUUAAUAAUUAUAAUGAAAAAUUCUUUAUUCAAAUAAGUUUAUUAUCAGCACUAAUGAAUUGUCC